UGUGUGUGAAAAGGCAUUUGCAAAGUCAAAAGAUCUUAAGAGACACCAGAGAACACACACAGGAGAGAAAACCUUCAAGUGCACUGUGUGUGAGAAGGCAUUUUCAACGUUAUCACAUCUGAAAACACACCAGAGAAUGCACACAGGAGAGAAACCCUUCAAGUGCAGUGUGUGUGAGAAGGCAUUUGCAACUUUAUCAAAUGUUAAGCACCACCAGAGAACACACACAGAAGAUAAACCCUUCAAGUGCACUGUGUGUGAGAAGGCAUUUGCAACGUUUUCAAAUCUUCAGACCCAUCAGAGAAUACACACAGGAGAUAAACCCUUCAAGUGCAGUGUGUGUGGGAAGGUAUUUGCACGGUCAUCACAUCUUCACGACCACGAAAGAACACACACAGGACAGAAACCCUUCAGGUGCACUAUGUGUGAGAAGGCAUUUACAGAGUCAUCAACUCUUCACGACCACCAGAGAACACACACAGGAGAGAAACCCUUCAAGUGCACUAUGUGUGAGAAGGCAUUUGCAAAGUCAUCAAAUCUUCAAAGACACCAGAGAAUACACACCGGAGAGAAACCCUUCAAGUGCACUAUGUGUGAGAAGGCAUUUGCAACGUCAUCAAUUCUUCAGAGUCACCAGAGAACGCACACAGGAGAGAAACCCUUCAAGUGCACUAUGUGUGAGAAGGCAUUUACAGAGUCAUCAACUCUUCACGACCACCAGAGAACACACACAGGAGAGAAACCCUUCAAGUGCACUAUGUGUGAGAAGGCAUUUGCAAAGUCAUCAAAUCUUCAAAGUCACCAGAGAAUACACACCGGAGAGAAACCCUUCAAGUGCACUAUGUGUGAGAAGGCAUUUACAGAGUCAUCAACUCUUCACUACCACCAGAGAACCCACACAGGAGAGAAACCCUUCAAGUGCACUGUGUGUGGAAGCGCAUUUUCAACGUUAUCACAUCUGAAAUCACACCAGAGAAUGCACACAGGAGAGAAACCCUUCAAGUGCAGUGUGUGUGUGAAGGCAUUUGCAAAGUCAACAAAUCUUCAGAGUCACCAGAGAACGCACACAGGAGAGAAACCUUUUAAGUGCACUAUGUGUGAGAAGGCAUUUACAGAGUCAUCACAUCUUAAAACACACCAGAGAACGCACACAGGGGAGAAACCCUUCAAGUGCACUAUGUGUGAGAAGGCAUUUACAGAGUCAUCACAUCUUAAAAAACACCAGAGAACACACACAGGAGAGAAACCCUUCAGGUGCACUGUGUGUGAGAAGGCAUUUUCAGAUUCAUCACUUCUUAAAAGACACCAGAGAAUACACACCGGAGAAAAACCCUUCAAGUGCACUGUAUGUGAGAAGGCAUUUACAGAGUUAUCACAUCUUAAAACACACCGGAGAACGCACACAGGAGAGAAACCCUUCAAGUACACUGUGUGUGGAAGCGCAUUUGCACAGUCAUCAAAUCUUAAAAGACACCAGAGAAUACACACAGGAGAGAAACCCUUCAAGUGCACUGUGUGUGAGAAGGCAUUUGCAAAGUCCUCAAAUCUUCAGAGUCACCAGAGAACGCACACAGGAGAGAAACCCUUCAAGUGCACUGUAUGUGAGAAGGCAUUUUCAAAGUCAUCAAGUCUUCAAAAUCACCAGAGAACGCACACAGGAGAGAAACCCUUCAAGUGCACUAUGUGUGAGAAGGCAUUUACAGAGUCAUCACAUCUUAAAACACACCAGAGAACGCACACAGGGGAGAAACCUUUCAAGUGCACUGUGUGUGAGAAGGCAUUUGCAAAGUCAUCAAAUCUUCAGAGUCACCAGAGAACGCACACAGGAGAGAAACCCUUCAAGUGCACUAUGUGUGAGAAGGCAUUUACAGAGUCAUCACAUCUUAAAACACACCAGAGAACGCACACAGGGGAGAAACCCUUCAAGUGCACUAUGUGUGAGAAGGCAUUUACAGAGUCAUCACAUCUUAAAAAACACCAGAGAACACACACAGGAGAGAAACCCUUCAGCUGCACUGUGUGUGAGAAGGCAUUUUCAGAUUCAUCACUUCUUAAAAGACACCAGAGAAUACAUACCGGAGAAAAACCCUUCAAGUACACUGUGUGUGGAAGCGCAUUUGCACAGUCAUCAAAUCUUAAAAGACAUCAGAGAAUACACACAGGAGAGAAACCCUUCAAGUGCACUGUGUGUGAGAAGGCAUUUGCAAAGUCCUCAAAUCUUCAGAGUCACCAGAGAACACACACAGGAGAGAAACCCUUCAGGUGCACUAUGUGUGAGAAGGCAUUUACAAAGUCAUCAAAUCUUCAAAGACACCAGAGAACACACACAGGAGAGAAACCCUUCAAGUGCACUGUGUGUGGAAGCGCAUUUGCACAGUCAUCACAUCUUCAGAGCCACCAGAGAACACACACAGGACAGAAACCCGUCAAGUGCACUCUGUGUGAGAAGGCAUUUGCAAAUCCAUCAAAUCUUCAUAUUCACCAGAGAACGCACACAGGAGACGCACCCUUCAAGUGCACUAUGUGUGAGAAGGCAUUUACAGAGUCAUCACAUCUUAAAAAACACCAGAGAAUACACACAGGAGAGAAACCCUUCAAGUGCCCUGUGUGUGGAAGCGCAUUUGCACAUUCAUCAAAUCUUAAAAGACACCAGAGAAUACACACAGGAGAGAAACCCUGCAAGUGCACUAUGUUUGAGAAGGCAUUUGCAAAGUUAUCUAAUCUUCAUAGUUACCAGAGAAAGCACACAAGGGAGAAACCCUUCAAGUGCACUGUGUGUGGGAAGGCAUUUGCACGGUCAUCACAUCUUCAAAGACACCAGAGAACACACAGGCAUCAGAAGAUCCCCAAGGAGUGGAGUCUGAAAUCGGCUUGUGUAAGUCCAAGUGCUGCAAUGAGCCCAUCCCUGCUGAAAAAAGAACCAGAAUUUAAUUCCAGCUUGGACGCAAUGAAAUGUGUCAAGGUGGAUUUUGAAAAGGUGAAAUGUGAAGAAGUGAUGGUGAAGAGCGAAGAAGCGAUGGUAAAAUGUGAAGAUGAAGAAUCAACUCCAAAAUGUGACCUUCACAUCGAUCAAGGCAACGUGAAGCAGGAGGAGAAUUCUCACUGUGAGGCAGAGCGAGGUAACUCCCAGGAGUUUGUGGAAGUGGAGGUGUGGGUGGACUUCUUAGACAAUACAAAGUCAAAUGGAGACCCGGUAGAUAUGUAAGCUUGAGACAAUGAAGCCCCAGUAGAUUCACCUUUGUCACAGGCCUUUAAUUACAUUAAAGUGAAGUUGCACACUCAAUUCCUAGGUUCAGCCUGCCGAGUAAGAGGGGCCAGUAUUUGCAGACCUGUGGAUUGGGUAGAUCUCUAACCAGGAGCCAGAGCCAAUACGCUCCCAAGCAUUCAUAAUGUUAUAAUAUUAUAAUGAUGCUUGUUUAAUCGCCUCAGCAGCUCGGAGUUUUGUAUCAUAUCUCAUCACAAACACUCGAAGAGCAUGUUGUGCAUAUGCCUUUUCCAAAAAAAAUUAUUAAGUGAUUCUGCCUUUUUUGGUAAUAAUUUUGAUCGGGAUGUAGCGCUGGGGCACAGAAAGGGUGAAUCGCCCCCCUGCCUCCUACCUUGCCACCAGACCGGUGGAGGAUAAUAACUCACAAGCCUGCUUGGAAAGUAAUACAAUUUAAUUAAAAAAAUGGCAAACCAUAAGAUGGAAACAGCAGGGGUCACAAACCUCCCUUGGACUUUGAAAUCCACCCAAGGGCAGUUAAUCAUCAUGAGCUGACUGGGUUUUUAAAAAUACUACAGUGAAGUUCGAAGCUUAGCUAUAUGUUCAACCUCAGGAUAUCAAAAUAUACUUGAGAAUAAGAAGCACAGAUCCCUGGCGAUAUAGACGGGGAACAAAGGUUAAUAAAACCCUCGGAAUAUACUCGGUAACAACUACGGUAUACCAUAUCUUGGUUAAGCAUGAACCAAAUAAUAAUAAUGAAAGUAUUAGACCUAGGGUCAUUCAGAAGAGAUACAAUGUGAAAUAUGUCAAUCUCACGAACAAGAUAAUGUAUUCCACGGGAUCAGAGUCUCACCAAACGCCUUCGUCUUCUAGUAGCUAACAGCACAUGGUAGCAGUAAAUUAUGUAUGCAGGGGGGCGUCUUCCCCUAAUAUAUCAAAUACCAUGCAAGAAUUCCAAACAGCGACGUGAGUGCAGUGAAUGUUGCUCUAAACGUACUUCAAGUCACUUGCAGAGUCAAAACUGCGGAAAGUGGUACGGUACCAAGCUAUAAGAGGUGAAUAAAAAAAAAUUACUUCCAACUCGUGAUGAGAGGACAGCAUACAUGGUGACAGCAAUCACACUCCUGCACAAUAGGUCACGACUUCAAAGGCCACAGCGCCCCUUUUUGACAGAGACUGCAAGUCUGAUGCAAAUUUUUUUGAACACUUCCAACCCGUUAUGGGAUUGUGGGGUACGCUGCCCAAACCGAAUACACACACACAGGGAGACAAUUGUGUUAAAAGCUUUAUUUUCAUCACAGAAUCUUGCCCGCGAAUAUAUUAAAGCCUUUAGCCAAUUGAUGAACAUUUGUUAGACAAGCAAGCACACUACCGCACACCAUUGUUCCAAGGCAUUACGUUAAUUGCAUAAUCUAAAAAAUGAAUUCAUUGAGGUCUACCUUUGCUUAGGCACGUUUCUUUAUUACCGUUCGUAUGAAUAUUGUCACAUUAAUUAAAAAAACUUUUUCCUGUUGCUGUGUAUGAUCACCUUACUCUGUAGAAUGAGCCAAUUGUUCUGUUACCCAGUUUGACAAACAUAAUUUUUGAGGGUUAAAUGUACGGAUCAAUGAGGAGGACAUCUCCAGGAGUACUGUGUUGGCAUUCCUAGCAUAAGAGUUCGCAUGUUAGAAUGUUACGUGUUUUUUUUAGAUUAAAGUUGCUUAACACAGAGUCUGAGUGGUGUUUUCCUAAGUCCAUGCAUAAUAUCUUUGUAACCUAUGAAAGGCAUUUUUUGUCUGUCUGCGUACGCUCGCUUGCGGGUGAUUUGGCUCUCGGACCGUGGGGUUUACCGAGAAAUGUUUUGCCAGGAGGCACGCCCCGAGCCCCGCGGUGGGAAUAUGCAUUUCCGUUUUUUAGUCCCUAAACUUUAAAGCGGUUUAAUUAUCCAUUUAGUGCGAUUUCUCUUUAUUUAUUUAGCACACCGUUGCGCAUGUACGAAACGCUGACCAAGGGUUGUCCCUGGCAACGGGCAGCACACCGUUGUUGCAGGGUGGAUGCCAUUUCUCACCCGUGUGAAAAAAUAUGCGCACACAUUUACACGCGACGCUGAGGUAAAUACAUCAAAGUUUCAUGUCCUCUACUCUCUCCACCCCCCACCCCAAUGUGUGCAAUUUCUAUUAUAGGGUCGGUAGAUAAUAAAAUUAUAGAGAUUAGACUAUUAUUCUAGCGUGGGGGUGGGGGGUAGCGGCCCAGCCCCCAGCCUCGCCCGGCUGGGCAAUCUAGGCGAGGCCAGAGGCUCUGCACGGGACUAGCCCUCGACACCCCACUCUUGUUAGAGUCGAUAUACCCAGCAUUGCCCGGGGGGGAAAUACAUUUAAAAACUUCUGAAAACUUUAAAACAUAACAUAGCAAUGAAAAUGAAACUCGGUAAAUUAAAAUAAACCCGAGCGUGCCACGAAUCGAUUCUUUAAAUAUAGACUGUACAAAUAGUUAUUAAGCUGGGUGAGUGUACUGGCAGUUUAUAAUGCAGACUGUAGCCUGCUUAUUAAGUAAAGUAGCAGGUACCACCACAGUCAGUAUGCACUACUGUAAUAGCAGGUACCACCACAGCAGUAUGCACUGCUGUAAUCAUAGCAGGUACCACCACAGCAGUAUGCACUGCUGUAAUAGCAGGUACCACCACAGUAUGUACUGCUUUCAUCAUAGCAGGUGCCACCACAGCAUGUACUGCUGUCAUAGCAGGUACCACCACCACAGUACUGCUGUGAUCAUAGCAGGUACCACCACAGUCGGUAUGUACUGCUGUCAUCAUAGCAGAUACAACCACAGUAUGUGCUGCUGUCAUCAGAGCAGGUAACACCACAGUCAGUAUGCACUGCUGUAAUCAUGGCAGGUUCCACCACCACAGUAUGCACUGCUGUGAUCAUAGCAGGUACCACCACAGCAGUAUGCACUGCUGUAUUCAUAGCAUGUACCACCACAGUCAGUAUGCACUGCUGUGAUCAUAGCAUGUACCACCACUAUGCACUGCUGUCGUGAAAGCAGGUACCACCAGUCAGUAUGCACAGCUGUAGUCAUAGGAUACCACCACAAUCAGUAUCCACUGCUGUAAUCAUAGCAGGUACCACCACAGUCAGUAUGCACUGCUGUAGUCAUAGCAGGUGCCAUCACUGUAGGUAUGCACUGCUGUAGUGAUAGCAGGUACCACCUCAGCCGGUAUGCACUGCUGUAGUGAUAGUAGAUACUGCUAUCGAGUUGGUAGAUACUGCUAUAUAGAGUUAGUAGAUACUAAAACAGUCAGUAUAUACCACUACAGCUCAGUCAAUACUGCUACAAUCAGUAUAUACUACUAUACAGUCAGUACAUACUAGUACGGUGAGUAGCUAUUAGAGUCCGUAGAUACUACUAUAGAGUGAGUAGAUUUUGCUAUAGAGUUAGUAGUUACUACUAUAGUCAGUGGAUACUACUAUAGUCAGUGGAUACUACUAUACAGUUAGUUGUUACUACUAUAGAGUCGGUAGAUACUACUGUAGGCCCAGUAGAUACUACUACGGUCAGUCGUUAAUACAAUCAAUAAAUAAUACUCCAGUCAGUAGCUACUACUCGCUCAGUAGAUACUACUGUCCAGUCAGUAGAUACAACUACAGAGUCAAUAGAUACUUCCUCUGUUGUAUGUAGGGUGGUGUAAAUAUAAUUUUUGAGGGGGGGUGUCCACAAUUUUCGGAAACCUUUUACAUCAAAUAUUUACCCCACAAUUUCUACAACUUUUUGGACUUUUACAAGCUUCUUAUAAUUUUGUUGAUGGAGAAAUGUACAAACGGCCCACCGGGCUUUCACAAUACCUUAGUAUCUGUGUGUGUAUAUGUGUAGGGCUUGAGAUAGCGCGCCACGCAUCCCCCGCCUCUGUUGCUAUGCGAGCAAGCACAGUACAGUGGGGUGAUGUGAGGUAAUGGUUGUUGUUGUGACUUUAGGCGAAGUGGGUCAUUAAGAGUUGAAACAGGUGUCAGGGUAGCCGGCAGGACAUAGGCCAGUGAAAGGUAAUUGGGCAUUAGACGGCGUCGCUCUGGCGGCGAAAACAAGGCCACGUGACACGGGGGGCCAGGGGGUGAGCGAUAAGCAGAGGGUAGAGAUAAUUAGGGUGAUUAAUUGGUGUGGGGAUAUAAGCCAGAGCGCAACGGAGAGAAGGGAGUCCUGUACGAGUUGGUGUCGUGGAUGGAGCUGCAGCAACGGUGCCCAGGGAGUCGCAGAGCAAGUGAUAGUAGAGUAAGGUGUAGAGAGACAGUGUUAGUAGAGUAAAGCGUAGAGAGACAGUGUCAGUAGAGUAAAGCGUGGAGAGACAGUGGUAGCGAGAACGCAGUGAGCAGACAGGGUAGCCAUGCAUCGGAAGGAUGCAGAGUAGGAGAAACCGUAGAGACGACAAGCGUAGCGAUAGUGAGGUAGAGAGACGCAGAGCGACGCGGAGCGGAGUGAGGGCACGGAGAGACGCGGAGCGGUGGCGCAGCAGAGCGACGCGGAGUGGAGCGGGGUUGCGCCGAGACGCGGAGCGGUGGCGCGGCGAAGGUGGACUCUAAGAGGAAAAUAAAGAGAAAGACAACCCUUGUACGAGUCCUACAUAUGUAAGGUUUUUAAGAGACAACAAACUCCGUGAUAAGAAGGCUCAGCUAAUUGAGUCUCUCACCUUUCUGAAGAGAUGCCGCGACUAUAAGGUCUGGAUUGCAAUACUGCGAGCACCAGCCAUGGCUGGCAGCCUCAAUGACGCAACAAAAAACUCUCCGUGAUGCGUGGCUUUUGACGAUGCAGAGCUCCCUAUCAAUUUGCCAGUCACGAGGGCAAUCCCCGGAGCCGACCACUCGCAGUACUUCUUCUUCUUUCAUAUGGCAUUGUGAAAAGCAACAGUUGUUAUUUUAAAUGAUCGUCAUGAAUGAAUGCAAAGGUUUCUUAUCCAGUCCAAUGAUGUGGUUGAAGCAGUGUGAAUUUUAGCGAUACCGCCAGGAUGUGCAUGGAUGGAGCAUUCAUCGGUGAUGUGCUUGAUGGUUUGGACUUCUCCAGUCGUAGUUGGGUGUUUCGUUGAGCAGUGCUUAUAUAUGAUACUUUCCACCUGUUGUAUAUAUUCGGUCUGAAAAAUUAUAAAAUGUAAAAAAUGAAAUGACAUUUUUUUUAAACUGUAAUGUUCCCGAAAUUAUGCUAAUUUAUUUAAUCAUGAAAAUGUUGCUUGUAUGCUAAUUAGGUAGGUGCAAUUGUAUUCAGUUAUGCAAGUGUAUGUAAUUAUGAUAAUGAAUUCAAUUAUGAUCAUUAGCUUCUGCUUCGUUGUCUAUGGUUGUAUUAUCACUGGUCAACAAAAAAAAGUUUAUUUCUGGCCUGGACUUUUGCAGCUGUUCUCGACUAAUUUCAGGGUGCUGAUUCCAAAUCUGAUCUCAGAUUUGCUCGAUCACAUCUCAUUUUAUGCUAUCGGCAUACCCCAUUUUCAUUGAUUUUACCCGAAAUUAACUCUGUCACUUAUGAUUGCAAGUUGUUGCGAGUCAGUGACUGCUUUAGUGUUAAAAUAUGGUGCUGUAUUUUUUUGAUAGUGUUUAUAUCAUUUUAUGUAGAUAUCCACAUUUAUUUAAUAUUUUUCUUCUGCAGUUUUUAUUGAAAAUGCAAUAUUUGAUAUCUCAAAAACCUGAUGUGAUAGACACAAACUGAUGCUAGAUUUGGAAGCAGCACCCCAAAAUUACCUUAAACCCGUUGGAAUACCUUAUGCCAGAAAAAGUGUGUUGACCAGCGAAUUUUCAAUCAGGAUAAUACAAUGAUUCUCACUUUAACUUUUACUGAUUAUGCCUUAGUGUUAUAUCAGGUCUCAAAAUUCAGAUCUCUCCGCAGGAUACAGUUCUUAAUUAAUAUUAUGUAUGGACUUAGAAAGGCACCACUCAGACUCUUCUGUGUUAAGCAACUUUAAUCUCUAAAAAACACAUAACAUUCUAACAUGCGAACUCUUAUGCUAGGAAUGCCAACACAGUACUCCUGGAGAUGUCCUCCUCAUUGAUCCGUACAUUUAACCCUCAAUAAGUGUUUGU